AGAUCUGCUCUGCUGGAUUUUAGUUACUGAAAUCUGAUUUUAAUGAAUUUAAACUGAAUUAAAGAUCAGAAGGAGGAGAUGGGGGUCUCUACAGCAGUGUGUGUUCUUCUACUGAACACAGUAUUCAUCUCUACACUCGCAGAGAAACACUCCCUGUUCUACAUUUACAGCGCCCUCAACAAAGAUGUGUCUCUACCAGGAAUCUACGAGUUCACAGCUCUGGGUCUGCUGGAUGACCGAGAGAUCGACUACUACAACAGUAAGGAACAGAAGAAGAUUCCUAAACAGAGCUGGAUGAUGGAGAAGAUGCAGGAAGAUUACUGGGAAAAAGGAACCCAGUCUCGCAAGAGUAAAGAACAGUGGUUCAAGGUUAAUGUGGAGAUUCUGAUGCAGAGGAUGAACCACAGUUACCAGGAUCUUCAUGUUCUUCAGUGGAGACACGGCUGUGAGAUCGAUGAGUCUAAUGGAGAGGUGACGUUUCUGAAUGGGAUUGAUCAGUACAGCUAUGAUGGAUCAGAUUUUCUCUCCUUUGAUAAUUCACACAGGGUCUGGGUCGCUCCGGUUCAAGCUGCAGAACCAACCAAGAGAAAAUGGGAUGGUGUUUCCAUUCUGAACCAGUACACCCAGGGCUACCUGGAGAAAGAGUGUGUGGACUGGCUCACCAAAUUCAUGGAGUACGGAAAAGAAACACUGAGAAAACACUCUCCUCCUGAUGUUCAUGCGUUUGCAAAGAAAUCUAUUCAAGACCCAAAAAAGGUGAGCCUGACCUGCCUGGCCACGGGAUUCUACCCUAAAGACGUGGAUCUGAGUGUGAGGAAGUUCGGCACGUCGAUACCUGAACAUCUGAUCACAACUUCUGGAAUCAGACCCAAUGAUGAUGGAACCUACCAGCUGAGGAAGAGUGUGGAGAUCAAUGGUGAUGAUCCAGCAGAUUACGACUGUUGCUUGACUCACAGCUCCCUCACAGAACCAGUGAUGAAGAAAUGGGUAAAAAACAUUAACUACGUUGAACUGGCUCUGAUUGGAGGAGCAGCUGGAGGGGUGAUUGUGAUCUUUCUGAUUUUGCUGGGCGUGGUCCUCACAGUUCUUAUAAAGAAGAGGAUGAAUGGUGGUGCAGAACAUAUGCAGAACGUCUCUACUAUUUCUCAGGGAUAUAGAGCACAGGGUGACUCCAGCAGUGAUGGAUCCUCACGCACCAGUGAGGACAGGAUGGAUUCCACCAUUCUGCUGCUGCACACUGCACAUCCGAAUGGGCCUGAGACCGGGGUUUCUGACUCUGACUCUGGAAGAGGAAGUAAUUCACCCCAGGGCAGUGAUGAGAACAUCCUGAAGAAACCUGAGGAGAAAGCGGCUGAAGAAGUGUGAUUCGUCUGAUUGGUGGAAAAUGAGACAGUAAGGUGUGGAGAUGUUGCUGAUUGGUCCACUGGAACUCCGAAUCCUCCAGAAAUCUGAAGAGGAGUCCUUCUUCAAAACUCUGAUUCAUUAUAAGUGUUGAUACACUUCCACAGGUUUAUUUUCGAUAGUUUAAAAUUCAUUUCAUAUAUUUUAUAAUUUUUCAACACUAAUACAUUUUCAUCAGGAUUUCAAGAAAAAAGAAGGUUUCAGUACAUUUCAAAAUCGUGCACUUUAUUUAUUAAACACAAAUAU